AUGUCCAGCCACCCGCCCCCUCCCCACCCUGAGGGACCGGACCCCUCGGCACCCCCGGUUUUGUGGCUGCGGCUCCGAUUGCGGAGGGAUGGAGGGGCGGGUCAGGGCAUUUACCGGGAGGGAGGAGAAUUUACGGCUCCGGGCCGGCUCAAGCAACAGCUCAGCGCUGUCCGUGGGCGCCUGCCCGAAGGAGGAGGAGGAGGAAGGUCCCGGUGGUCCAAAGGCCAGCGGGGACCCCCGGCAAGAGCGGGGGUUCCUUUGCUGGACCUGGGGUGCCUCGCAAGGCAGCACGAGUCCGGGGCGGCCCCUCCGGACCCUCCCGCUCCGCUCGGGGACGGGGCUGGCGAGAACCGGGGGUGGGGGCUGCCGGCCCGCCCCGGCCCGCCCCAUCGGGGAGCAGAGCGGCGGAGCCUGUGCGGGCAUGGGGGGCUGCGGGCGCUCUGGCUGCUGGCGGCGGUGCUGGGGGCGGCGGGGGGGCACCCCCAGCCCUGCCGCGUCCCGGCCCGCAACGACCCCGCCGCCGGCCCCGCCGUGAGCGUGGGGGCUCUGUUGCCGCCCGCCGUCCCCCCCCGCCUCCGCGCAGCCUUGGCCGCAGCCGCCGGCACCGGCGGGACCCCCGGCCCCGGGGGGCGUCUCGGGGGGGCGGAGCUGCCCCAUAACCUCAGCCUGGAGGUGGUGGCGGGCGGUCCGGCGACGCGGGACCCGGGCUCGCUGGCGCGGUGGCUGUGCUGGGCGGUGGCGGGGCGCGGGGUGGUCGCGGUGCUGGCGCUGCCGCGGUCCCGCCGGGAGCUGCUGCAGCUCGAUUUCCUGGCUACUGCCCUCCAGGUCCCUAUCGUCAGCCUCCCGGAGACCCGCGGGUCGCUGCCCUUCCGAGCACAGAGCCCUCUCCACUUCCAAAUGGAGCGGCAGAGUUCGCAGGAGACGCUGGUGGACGUGCUGGUGAGCGUCCUGCAGGCUAGCGACUGGCAGGAGACCAACCUGGUGUUCUGCCACCCCUGGGAUGUCUCCGGCUUCCUCGGCCUCUGGACCCGCCGUUCCCGGCUCUUCCUCCGCACCGUCCUGGACCUCGGCUACCUGGAGGAGCCCGGAGCCGCCCGCUCCCUCCGGCAGCACCGGGAGCGGUUCAGGUCCCUCUCCAGCCCCGUGCUGCUGCUCGGCUGUGACCUGCGGCGGGCUCGGUUCAUCUUCCAGGCGGCCGAGGAGUCGGGGCUGCUGCCGCAGGUCCACUGGAUGCUGGGCUCCCCGCUCAGCGCCGGCGAGCUGCAAACCGAGGGGCUGCCCCUGGGCUGCUGGCCUUCGGCGAGGUCAGCCGCCCCGCCGCUGGAGCUCUUCCUGCAGGACGCGGUGGAGCUGGUGGCCAGGGCCAUCGCCAGCGCUGCCCGCGUCCACCCCGAGCUGUCCCUGCUGCCCACACCCCUGACCCUCACCGACCGGCGGCGGGCGGGCGGCGAGACCCCGGGGCUCCUCCUCUCCCGGGUCAUGGCCAACACCUCCUUCCAGGGCCGGACGGGGCCCCUGCGUGUGGAGAACGCGACCCUGGUGCGGCCGGAGCGGCUCUACCGGAUCUGGAGCCUGCGGAGGGUCACGGGGGACCCCACCUGGGUGACAGUGGGCACCUGGCACCACGGCACCCUGGAGCUGGAGCAGGGUGCCUGGCAAGAGCCACCGCAACACCAGAGCCCUGGUGAAGGGCCCCCGUGCCAGCUGCGGGUGGUGACGCUGGUGGAGCAUCCCUUUGUCUUCACCAGGGAGUGGAUGAGGAUGGAGCUGCCCGCCGGGCAGCUCUGCCUGGACCCUGGCACCAACGACUCCGCUGUGUUGGACGCCCUCUUUGAGGAGCUCGGUGCUGAGAACGGCUCAGUGCAGGAGUACAAGAAGUGCUGCUACGGGUACUGCAUUGACCUGUUGGAGAAGCUGGCUGAGGACAUGGCCUUUGACUUUGAGCUCUACAUUGUUGGCGAUGGGAAAUACGGGGCCUGGAAGAACGGGCGCUGGACAGGGCUGGUGGGGGACCUGCUCAGUGGCACGGCCCACAUGGCCGUCACCUCCUUCAGCAUCAACUCAGCACGGAGCAAAGUCAUCGACUUCACCAGCCCCUUCUUCUCCACCAGCUUGGGCAUCCUGGUGAGAACCAAGGACACGGCGUCGCCCAUCGGGGCCUUCAUGUGGCCAUUGCACUGGACCAUGUGGGUGGGCAUCUUCGUUGCCCUGCACACCACAGCACUCUUCCUCACCCUCUACGAGUGGAAGAGCCCCUACGGCAUGACCCCCCACGGCCGCAACCGCAUGAAGAUCUUCUCCUACUCCUCAGCCCUCAAUCUCUGCUAUGCCAUCCUCUUUGGGCGCACCGUGUCCAGCAAGACGCCCAAAUGCUGCACCGGCCGCUUCCUCAUGAACCUCUGGGCCAUCUUCUGCCUCCUGGUGCUCUCCAGCUACACUGCCAACCUGGCAGCCGUCAUGGUGGGGGACAAGACCUUUGAGGAGCUCUGCAUUCACGACCCAAAGCUCCAUCACCCCUCACGGGGCUUCCGCUUUGGCACGGUCUGGGAGAGCAGUGCUGAGGAGUACAUCAAGAAGAGCUUCCCCGAGAUGCACGAGUACAUGCGGCGCCACAGCGUCCCCACCACCCCUGCCGGUGUCACUAUGCUCAAGACGGAGCCCCCCAAGCUCAACGCCUUCAUCAUGGACAAGUCACUGCUGGACUAUGAGGUGUCCAUCGACUCCGACUGCAAACUGCUCACCGUGGGCAAACCCUUCGCCAUUGAAGGUUAUGGCAUUGGCCUCCCCCAGAACUCGCCGCUGACCUCCAACAUCUCCGAGUUCAUCAGCGCUACAAGUCCUCGGGGUUCAUCGACCUCCCUGCACGACAAAUGGUACAAGAUGGUGCCCUGCGGCAAGCGCGUCUUCGCCGUCACCGAGACCCUGCAGAUGGGCAUUUACCACUUCUCGGGGCUGUUCGUGCUGCUCUGCAUCGGGCUGAGCGGGUCCCUGCUCACCUCGCUGGGUGAACACAUCUUCUACCGCCUCGUCCUGCCCCGCAUCAAGCGCAAGAAGAAAUUCAACUACUGGCUGCACACCAGCCAGAAAAUCCACCGGGCUCUGAACACGGGCACGGAGGAGCAGAAGAGCCGGCAGCUGAGCUUGGAGCAGAGGUGCCACCCUCCAGCCGGGGCAGGCGGCGGGCAGCCCUGGAGCACCCUGCGGAAGGAGGGAAGGCGAGUGCGCUUCCAGCUCGACAAAGUCCCCCCCCAGGUUGAGGGGUCCCCACAGACCCCUGGGACAAAGGCCCGCGACAGGGCAGCGGGAGAGAGCGAACUGCGGGAGCUGGAGGGGAAGAUCCAGGAGAUGCGGGAGCAGCUGCGGGCGGCUCUGCUGCGGCGGAGCGAGCUGGUGGCUGCGCUGGGCACUGCCAGGAGUGGCCCCGAGGAGCCCCGGGAGCAGAGGGACCCCCCAGCCCAGCCCUGCCCAGGUGCGGCACAGCAGUAACGGUGAGGAGGAUGAUGAUGAUGAUGAAGAUGAAGAGGAGGAAGGUGAGCAGCCCCCAGCCCACACGGAUGUGGCAGCAGGACAGGGUGGCAAAGCCAGGCUGAUCCCAGAGCCAGCUCCAAGGAGCCCUCCUGGGCCAGGUGGUGAGAUGGGCGGCACCAGUACC